GAUUGAAUCAUUAAUCAGCUUGCAUGCCUGUCUAUUUAAUCUAUUAAUCUUCUAUUGCAAAGUUUUACACCCGCUGUGAUAUUCGAACCGUAUCAAACCAAACGAACUUUCGGAUAGAGUUCAAUAUUAGUCAGAUCUCAGAGAAAGUAAAACAUGCGAUCCCCGCACAUGAUCACAUCCUUCUUAAUUCUAAUCACAUUCAAACCGUCUUGGUCUCUUUCGUUGUCAGCUUCAUACUUUCCCCACACCUUCAAAUGUGAUCAUCAAUUGCAAGAAUAUCCAAGACACAAUGAAAGCUCAGACCUUCUAUACAAGUCAGCAUUGUGUUUGAAGUCUCAAAAUAACCCACAAUGUAUUGGAGUUAGAUGCAACCAUUCGACCCUCAACUGUGAAAUGGUGUCUAAACCAAUGGAAUUUGUGAGGUGCAUUGGCCACAGUCAGGAUCCUAAUGCUACCCUCUGGUGGAGAAAUGAAAAUGCAAAGAAACAACCAGAAUUAGGUCUUGUUGACCUUGAAAUCGGUCAGCUUGUGUCAGCAUCUGUUCGCCAAGUGACCGGUUUUGCGAUGAAACCAAUGCCAACAACAAGAAUGCAGGUACAGAUCCCCAAUGGAAUCCUUGUUUGCAUUGAGAUGUCGACGACAUGCAACGUUUGGACGGAAGGAACCAAUGAGUGGCAGCCAAUCUCCUCUUUAAACUUCAUUCAUGAACAAGGAACUUUGAAUUUGUUGGGAGAUCAGCCCAUUGUCAUUGGUGGCAGGAACAGUGGGCAGGGCAAUCACGGCUUUGUGGAGAUAUUAGACCCAAUCACUCGUGAAUGGAUUUUCGGACCUUCCCUGCAACCUGGUCGAAGAGCUCACGCCACAGUGGUUAUCAAUCAGACAUGUUUGGUGGUAAUUGGAGGAUAUGAUGAACACCCAAUACAAGCCAUGAAGUCCGUCGAAAUCCUGAGUAUGACUGAUAUAUCUUGGCAGGCAUUGGACGAUAUGCCAAUAGGUGUUUACAACCCGGUGUGUGGCCUCCUCAACCAAUCAUUUAUCUUGUGCAUUGGAGGCCGCGAUUCCGGUAGAACACUCAAAACUGCAUAUGGAUUGGCUCUGACCUCAAACAACGCCUUGUGGGAAAGAUUGAACAUGUUCGACACUAACGAGCCAAUAAUGCUUGGUUUUCUGUAUCAAUUGAGACACGAACUGUUCUGCAUGUCGAUCAAAACAGAAUCUUUUCGUGACCAAAGACAGUUGCUCAGGAUGAAUUUAGCGGAUGAGGAUCCCAAAUGGGAGUUAUUGGAAUUGUUUUCGGAGGAUAUGUUCACUAAUGUGGGUCGUUACAUAAUGAGAGGUUACUUAAUUGAACCCUAAUGUAUUGUGGAUAACA